UGAGACCUUUGUGAAGCAUCUGGUACCUGCUGUACGCCUCAUGGGUUCGUACUGCUGCUUUGACACCGAUUGCAAAAGUGCGUGUCUUUCCUUGCCGCCGGAGGUCCUGGACUGGUAUAAUGCUUUCUUCAUCAUGUCAUCAUUCAGUCUUCCCAUUGUCUACGUCAAACUCCAUAGCCUUCUCGUAUAAGGAUUUCAUAUAUUCCGUGGCUACAUCCCACUACGGUCAUGCUCGCGAUCGGUCCACCUCCGCCCGCUAUCUCGCCUUUACCGCUGAGAUUCCCACCACCAUCAAAGCAGCCUCAACAGAACGACCCUCAACACCAAGACGGUAUGGUUUCUUCGGAAGAAGAGAACUAUUGCUCAAAGUCCCAAGGAUCAACAUCUACUCAUUGUGGAGCGACGAACUCAAGACUUCUUCAUCAAGUCAUCCAGAUCUGUUGGCGCAGCGGUCGAUUCCGCUCUCACUUCAAGAAGAACAUGGCUAACGCGUUCGAAACAGUCCCACUACCACUGAUUGUUUUCUUUGCGGCCGCUAUAGGCUUAUGUCAGGCUUCGGCCAAUUUCCUGCGUUCUAGCGGGCUUCGGCCAUCUUCUUGAUUAAACGCUACGGUUUGUAGAAGGGACGGAUGGAUAUCUGGUAAGUACACUCUCCCUUCCUAAUGAUCGUUGUAGCUAGCAGAUCUGGAUUGUAUGACCCCUUUUUU